AUCACAAGCGUCAGAUUGACAUUGAGUAGAAACCAUGUGGCUAACAAAAUUCGCGAAAUCGCUCCUUUCUUGCUGAUCAGUGGUUAUCAUUUGACAAGAUGGGCAAGAAAAAUAAGAAAGAUAAAAAAGGGAAAGGGAAAGAAAAAACUGCGUUGAAGACUGAAAAGAAUGCCGAUAAAAGGGCGAAAAAAGAACUGGCAGAAAAGGGAGAGGAUGAUAUAGAAAGGCUGAUUGCAGAGUUUCAAACCCAAGAUAAGAAGAGAGUUCAGGUGGUUGAGGAAAAAUGUAAUCCCCCGUCCCCAAGGUGCAAUAUGACUUUGACUGCUCAUCCUACCAAGGAAGAGCUGAUCAUGUUUGGUGGAGAGUACUGCACCGGUAAUAAGACUUACAUGUACAACGACCUGUUUUUCUACAACAUUAAGAAGAAGGAGUGGACCAAGGUCACAGCCCCUAAUGCUCCCACCCCCAGGAGCUCCCAUCAGGCUCUAGCCUUAAAACAGGGGGGCGGACAGCUGUGGAUAUUUGGAGGAGAGUUCGCAAGUCCGACACAGUCUCAGUUCUACCACUACAAAGAACUCUGGGUCUACCACAUCAAGGACAAGGCAUGGGAGAAAAUCAGUUCCCCGGGGGCUCCUACCAGUAGAAGUGGACACCGAAUGGUUCACUGCAAAAAGCACAUCAUCGUGUUUGGUGGUUUCCAUGACAAUGUCAGGGAUUAUAAAUACUACAAUGAUGUGUAUGCCUUUGACCUGGAAACCUACUCGUGGACCAAACUCGAACCCUCGGGAGCCCCGCCAGCCCCCAGGUCGGGCUGUGUGAUGGCUGCCAUCCCAGACCAAACUAAGGUCAUUAUCUACGGGGGUUACAGCAAGGAAAAGCUCAAACGUGAUGCCGACAAGGGCACGGUCCACACAGACAUGGUUGUGCUAACCACAGAAGGUAAAGUGAAAGAUGAGAAUGCCCCACUCAAAUGGAAGUGGGUCCAUAUGAAACAGUCCGGUACCAAACCCUCACCACGAUGUGGUAUGUCGUUGGCUGUUACUCCGGGCAACAGGGCUGUCUGCUUCGGAGGCGUAUAUGACCAGGUGGAGGAUGAAGAAGACAUGGACAGUUUAUUCUUUAACGAGAUGUACACACUAGAUCUGGAAAGGGGCAAGUGGUUCCCCCUCACUCUCAGAGGAAAUAAAUCCACAAAUACAGAGAAAAGGAAAAGGAGGAAGAAAAAGAAUGAAGGUCAGGGCGAUGGAAUUGAUGAAGAGGAUGAUGAUGAUGAUGAAGAAGAAGAAGAAGAAGAGGAAGAAGAGGAAGAUAUGGAAGAUGAGGAUGUUGAGGAAGCAGAAGAUGAUAUAAAAAAACUAAAACUUGAUCAUGAAACUGACGUUCAAAGUCAGGACACAAACAGUAGUACCUGUGACCUUGGUAAUGUCCAGGAGUCGAGUCAGGGGUCAAGUCAGGAGCUCGGACAGGGAGGGGAAGAGGACAUUUUCAAGGUCACAAUGGGUGCGAAAUCUGCUGGACAGGCGGAGGACAUUGGGGAGGGGGAUAUGGAUGUUGAGGUGUUUAUUCCUCCAUCGAGGAUGGGGGCCUUGAUGACGGUGAGAGGCGGGGAGUUGUUUCUGUAUGGAGGACUGUGUGAGGUGGGAGACAGACAGAUCACAUUCUCUGAUUUCUACUCCCUAGAUCUACACAAACUGGAUGAGUGGACAGUACUUAUACAGAACAAACAGACACUGGAUUGGGACGAGUCAGACUCUGAUGAUGAGACCAAAGGGGCCAGUGGAGGUAAAGAGGAAGAUGAUGAUGACGAUGAUGAAGAUGAUGAUGAAGAUGAUUCAGACGAGGACAUUGCAGCGAUCUUGGAAGGAUGCGAUGUACCUCCCAAGUCAGAGGAAGAGGAUGUGAUGUCAUAUUUUGAGAGGAAUAAGGAAUUCUGGGAAAUACAGUCACAGAAAUAUUUCAAAAAAGAAGACUUGAAAGUUACUAAAAGAACAAUUACGAAGUUUGCUAAGGAACUGUGCCAGGAAUAUUGUGAUCAGUGACAUAUUUAUUCUUUUACGAUGAAAUUAAAUACAGUAAGAACACAAGAAGUAUUGGUGUGUUAUCUU